AUGGUCCCAACGAAAUUAGCUCCCGUCUUUCAUGAACUGUCGAAGACAUCAGCGGCAUACCUUCUAUCCAAUUCCCCGUUGACAUCCGAUCGGCCACAUCCUACGAUUGAUCCUGUUACUAUUUCACCAGUCAAGCCGAAGCAUGCAGACCUGCUCACCAAAAGUCCGGAAACGGAGCGUGAAGCACUCUUGCAACAUGCACUCCACAAGUCAGAAGUCAAUGCGGCAUAUCUAAAAGGGCAAUUGUUGGGUCAACAAGCCGGCAUGGUGCUCCAAAGCCUCUACUGUGAACGAGUUCGUCGACAGCUUGCGACACAGGAGAAAAAGGAAGACAAAGCUGGCAAGAAGAAGAGGAUAAUGGGGGACGGAAUGCCAAAGCUACUCACCAGUGAUGAGUUUGUUCAACUUGUGAUCGAUCACGAAGAAGCCGAGUUAGAGACGGAGCGGACCAAAGCUAGGCGAAGAAAAUUAGCGGAGAAGAGGGCCAAGCUCAUGGAGAAGUGGAAAGAAGAUGAAAAGGCACGUCUGGAGAGAAACAAGGCACAAAGACAGAGAUUCAAAGAUGAGAUGGAGGCCUAUGAGGUGGAGAAGGCCAAUGCGAAGGCAGAAAAGCGGAAACUACACCUUUGCAAGCCCAAACUUGGCAAAGUCGAAGCCCAGGCACCAAAGCCAAAGAUAUCCGAGACCACAGAUGAUGAUUCCGAGCAAGAGUCGGAUGAAACCGAGCUUGAAGAGAGUGCAGAUGAGACUGAUUAG